UAUGAAUUAGUGUCAGUGGUAUGGCCAGGACGCUCACUGCGAUCACACGUUCACGGUUGGAGCUCCGGUGUGGCAAAUGGCUAAAACCUACGAUUACCUCUUCAAGCUCUUGCUUAUCGGAGACAGCGGAGUUGGAAAGACGUGUCUUCUGUUCCGCUUCAGCGAGGACGCGUUCAACACCACCUUUAUCUCCACCAUCGGAAUUGACUUUAAAAUCCGGACAAUAGAGUUAAAUGGAAAGAAAAUUAAACUCCAGAUAUGGGACACAGCAGGACAGGAGAGAUUUAGGACUAUCACUACGGCAUACUACAGAGGAGCAAUGGGGAUUAUGCUUGUGUACGAUAUCACUAGUGAAAAGUCCUUUGAAAACAUUAAGAACUGGAUUCGGAACAUUGAGGAGCAUGCAUCAUCAGACGUAGAGCGGAUGAUCUUAGGAAAUAAAUGUGACAUGAACGAGAAGAGACAGGUGUCUAAGGAGAGAGGGGAGAAGUUGGCAAUAGAUUACGGAAUCAAGUUUUUAGAAACCAGCGCAAAAACCAGUGUAAAUGUAGAAGAAGCCUUUUUCACCCUAGCGAGAGACAUCAUGGCCAGACUCAACAGAAAAAUGAACGAUGGCAGCAAUUCAGAAGGUGGGGCACCAAUUAAGAUCACAGAGAAGCGUUCCAAGAAGCACGGCUUAUUCAGGUGCACACUCAUUUAAUGGACUCCAUCGAUUGGAAUGCAACUAUGGACUUGAUCUCUCUAGCUGCAGAAUCAGCUGGUAUGGAAGGUCAUUUGAGCCUCUACUGAGAGGUGCGCACUCAUGUUCUUACUGAGCAGGAAGACUCCUGUUCAUACAGACCAACCGUUGAGUUGGCAAAAAGGAUACUGUAGGGGUUCAAAGUUUCUAGUUUGUGAAAUGUCAUUGUUUCUUUUGGCCUUUUUUUGUGAUAAUCAAAGCACAUAUUUGAGUUUGACUGUCAUUUUUUUUAUAAUAUCAAAGCUUGAAUUAUUCCUUUUAUAGAGCCUUUAUUCAUAUUUUAUAAAGCUUUUAUAAGCAUAACAUGUUAUACUGCCAUUACACAUUGUUUAUGGGCAGAGAAGUAUCUCUAAAAUAUAUAGUAUAACUAGGAAAAUUGUGUGUAUAAUUAAAGGGCACCUUUAAAGAUUAAAAUAACGGUUGUGUCUUACGGUUUGUCUCACAGGCACGUAACCAUGUAUAGCACUGACAGAGAUCCUACACUCCCCAAAAGUGUGGAGACUUCAAAUAUAGAACAUGACAGCUAAAGAGCAUGAUGGGUAAAAGUACGCAUGUACAGUCUGUCCAUGUCUCUUUAAAGCAGCAGCCAGUCAAAACAAGUGACAAUGUAUAAAGCACAUGUUAGUUCAAGGGUCCCAGCUGUGAUCUUGUGUGUUGGUCUGUAGUCCAACAAAGCUUGCUGAUUCUCCUGUCAAAAGACAUUUAAAUGAACCUAAAGUUAAUAGAUGGCAGGAAAAUCAUUAAUCUGUGCUGGAUUAUGGUUUUGUAUGGAGCGAAGGGUAGCAUUAUUUACAUGCAUCACUGGUUAAUUAAUUCACCUUACACACCUUGUGUGAUUGGCGAAGGUUUGCAUGUCUGAAUGAUAAAAAAAUAUAGAAUAUCUGUAUAUGAAUGUAUAGGAAAACCACUAAUGCAUGCUUUUAUUGUUGUAUGUAUAAUGUACUAUUAAUUUUACUUGUUGGCAUUCUUGCUGCUAUGUAUAUUAACAAAGUACCACCUAUUCUUAUUGCUGUUUGUUUAAAGCCCAAAGUACUUUUGGUUUACACACAUCAUAACCUGUGAUAUCGAUUACUAGUAUCUUUUUGAAGGAAAAUACAAUUAUCAAAUAGACA